GUUUUGAUAAAGCAACAGUAACGGUUCGAAUUCGUGACUGCGACUAUACAAAAGUGGUGAAAGCUCACAGUGUAAAGAAAGCGUUAAGCGCCAAAUAAACAUAUGUAAAAGAGUGAAAAAAAUACACUUGAAAAUUUAAGAACCGAAAUUCAAUAAAAUUAAAAAUCUACAAACAUAUCUGCACAUAUAGUUAUAAAUCAUCUUAGUAAACAACAAUUAAAUAAAUAUAUAUUAACGGUAUUUUAAGUCCGUUGACUUGAGGGGCUCGCUGAUUACAAAAUCUUGGCGCGUCGCGAGUACAAAAUGUUCGCAUUAUUGCUACUGUUGAUUCCCCUGGUUUCAUCGGUGAAUUCGCAGAAUGACACCGAAUCGCGUCUGGCGGCUUCCCUCAAGAGCAGCGACACCGCAACCGGCGACGAGAGUAAAUGCGGCGACACUCAACGCAUGGUCGAUGAGUGCUUUAAGGAUCUGCCGCCACAUUUAAUGGAAUUUCUGCAGACCACAAAGAUUGCUAACAACGAACGCGAAAUCGCAUCCAAGUGCACUGUUUUCAAUAAAGGCAUGCGCUGCUUCGACGACUAUACGACUCGUUGUCUCACCAACAAAACACUAAAUCUCUUCAAAAAUAAUGUGGAAGGAGCACGAAGAUUUUUCAAUCGCUUCUGCAGUGACCGAGAAUUUCAAAAGGAUUAUUUACAGCACAAGGACUGCUUCGGCUAUAUUCAGGACGACUGGAUGCGUUGUACACGCAAUUUUCAGGAAAUACUCACCGAGGAGCUGCAUGGCGAACAAACGAAUGUUACCAAUAAAUUUAUGGAAUUUUGCUGUGCACGAUACGCUUACGAAAAUUGCAUCUACAAUAGCGCACGCUACAAAUGCUACAAGAAUUCGGCUAAAUUUGCACGUGACACAGCCAAAAUGCUCUCGGACGAGAAACACUUCACCAACUGUCGCCAAUACGAGAAUGUGCUCUGCAGUGUGGGCCACCCGAGAUCUCUCUACGGUGGCGGCACCAACACUCUGUUCGGCUGGACCCAGCUGCUGCUGGUCUGGCUACCUGCUGUGCUGCUGACAAGAGCAAGCGUCGGUCGGCGACGAGCGUAAAUAAAUCAACGGCAAGCAGCUUUUUAGCCCGCAAUACAUAUAUGCGUAUACAUGUGUGUGUAGUCAUGUAUGUAGUUGUGUAGUUGAGUAUGUUGCAAGAAUGUGUCUUUUGUGUAGACCAAUAAUUGGUCACAGCUCGUGUGCAUUUACCACGACCUCGCUGCAGGGGGCGCUUGUUGACUAUCACUGCGUAUAUACGCAUGUCUGUAUGUGUUUACGGUUAUGGUUGUCUAUAAGCUGGCAAAGGUAUUUUUAAUAGGUCAGCGCAACUACAUGGAAUCAAAGAGCUUAUAUGUAUGUACUCCGUAAUUGUCAAUUUAUUUAGCGUGCAAAGUGAAACUGUUGUGUGAGGACCCACUCAAGUAGCUGUUAUUUAGAUGUGUCAUUGUGUGUGUAGGCUAAACUAUUGUCCAUGUUGAUGUUCUAAGAAUGUAAAGCGCAACGAUAUCUCUCCAAAUAACACAUAAUGAUAACUAUUAAACAAGUUUUGAAAGCGCGAUUAGCCAAGACCUCUGUUAAAUAAAUAUAUUUCUAUGAAUAAUUGUAAUUUUGAUGUGAAAUAGAAUAUAAAAUAAAAGAAAAUCUAAAAAUAAAAUAAAACAUGUUUCAAAUUGUGGGUUUGCUGUAAUAUUUCGUGAGUAU